AUGUGCCACCAACCAGCACAUGCCACCAACAACUGUGCCACAAACCACCACAAUGCCACCAAUAACAGAACCGCCGACAACUGUGCCAACAACCACCACAGUGCUACCAAUAGAUCCACCAACAACUUGCCACCAAUAACAAAUCCACCGACAACUUUGCCACUAACAUCUGAAGCGCCGACAACUGUGCCACAAACCAGCGCAGUGACACCAAUGAGAGAGCCGUCGACAACUGUUCCACCAACUACCAAAGUGCCAUCAACAACACUGCUGCUGACAACUGUGCCACCAACCACCACAGUGCCACCAACAAGAGAACUGCCGACAACUGUACCACCAACCACCACAGUGACACCAACAGAACCGUCGAUAUCUGUGACACCAACCAGCAUAGUACCUCAAACAAACUUGCAGUCAACUUUGCCACCAUCCAGUACAGUGCCACCAACAGAAUCAGCCACAAUACUUUCAACAUCUGUAAAACAAGAAACUACGCAAAAUACUUUAUCAGAACUGCAACAGAAAAAAACACAGUUACUUCAAGAAAUUGAAAGACUCGAGAACCAGAUUGCUGCCUCCAACGCCACUCUCACAGCUCUGCAGAACACCAAUGAAGCCCUGCAACGAGUCAUUGAAGCCAUCGAGGAAGCCGCUGGCAAUUCCGGAAGGAAGCGCCGAUCGCUUACUUACUCUAUCGAUCAAGAUGGCGACACUGUCACGGUCGAUCCAUAUUGUGAGGUAAAUCAGGACAAUGCCGUGACUGGCAACCCAACAGAUCUGCUUCUUACAAUGAUCAAUGAUCUCUCCACCAAGCUGUCCAACCUCACAACCGACCAAAUCACUUGCUUCAAUCAACUCAUUGAUAAUUUCGCCACACUCAUAGAGAAUGGAACCUUCGUUAUCGAUUCGACUGUAUUAGAUAACAUCACGACCGCGGUAGAAGCAGCAAGCAGUGUCGUGGGAGACCAAGUCCAAUCAGUUCAACUGCUCGUCAAUAUUUUGCAAGAACAAAAACAAAAUAAAACGGAUGAGCUUGACCAAGUGGAGAGCCAAAUAGCAGCAACAACAGGUAGAAAACCAGUACACAGUUUUAUCGACGCGUACCAGCGUAUUUUCAUUAGACGUGCCACCAACACAGAACCACCGACCAACUGUGCCACCACCACCACCAGUGCCACCAACACAGAACCACCGACAACUGGUGCCACCAACCACACAGUGCCAUCAACAACAGAACCACCGACACUGUGCCACCAACCACCACAGUUGCCACCAACACGAACCACCGACACUGUGCCACCAACCACCACAAACCACGACAACUGUGCCACCAACCACCACAGUGACCACAACAACAGAACACCGACAAUGUGCCACCAACACCACAGUCCCACCACACAGAACCACCGACAACUUGCCACCAACAACAGAACCGUCACCAACUGCACAACUAACAUCAGAACCACCGACAACUAUGCCACCAACCACCACAUGCAACCAACAUCAGAACCACCGACAACUGUGCCCCCAACCAUCACAGUGCCAACAACAGAACCGCCGACAACUGUGCCACCAACUAGCACCGUGCCAUCAACAUCAGAAUCACUGAUAACUAUGCCACCAACAACCACAGUGCCACCAACAACUGUGUCACUAACCAGCACAGUACCACCAAUAACAGAACCGCUGACAACAGUGCCACCAACAAGCACAGUGUCAUCAACAACAGAACCACCAACAACUUUGCCACCAACUGAAACGCCGACAACUGUGCCACCAACCACCACAGUGUCACCAAUGAGAGAGCCGUCGACAACUGUGCCGCCAACCACCAAAGUGCCACCAACAACAUUGCUGCUGACAACUAUAUCACCAACCAGCACAGUGCCACCAACAGAACCGUCGAUAACUUUGACACCAACCAGUUCUGUGCUACCAACCAGCACAUUGCCACCAACAACAGAAUCAACCAUAAUAUUACUAACUUCUGUAAAACAAGAAACUACACAAAAUACUUUAUCAGAACUGCAGCAGAAAAAAACACAGUUACUUCAAGAAAUUGAAAGACUCGAGAACCAGAUUGCUGCCUCCAACGCCACUCUCACAGCUCUGCAGAACACCAAUGAAGCCCUGCAACGAGUCAUUGAAGCCAUCGAGGAAGCCACUGGCAAUUCCGGAAGGAAGCGCCGAUCGCUUACUUACUCUAUCGAUCAAGAUGGCGACACUGUCACGGUCGAUCCAUAUUGUGAGGUAAAUCAGGACAAUGCCGUGACUGGCAACCCAACAGAUCUGCUUCUUACAAUGAUCAAUGAUCUCUCCACCAAGCUGUCCAACCUCACAACCGACCAAAUCACUUGCUUCAAUCAACUCAUUGAUAAUUUCGCCACACUCAUAGAGAAUGGAACCUUCGUUAUCGAUUCGACUGUAUUAGAUAACAUCACGACCGCGGUAGAAGCAGCAAGCAGUGUCGUGGGAGACCAAGUCCAAUCAGUUCAACUGCUCGUCAGUAUUUUGCAAGAACAAAAACAAAAUAAAACGGAUGAGCUUGACCAAGUUGAGAGCCAAAUAGCAGCAACAACAGGUAGAAAACCAGUACACAGUUUUAUAGACGCGUACCAGCGUAUUUUCAAUAGACGAACCACCGACAACUGUGCCAACUACCAGUACAGUGCCACCAACAACAGAACCACAAACAACUUGCCACCAACAACAGAACCGUCACCAACUGCACAACUAACAUCAGAACCACCGACAACUAUGCCACCAACCACCACAGUCCCACCGACAACAGAACCACCUAAAACGCACAGUGCCAACAAUAGAGCCGCCGACAACUUGCCACCAACAACUGUGUCACUAACCAGCACAGUACCACCAAUAACAGAACCGCUGACAACAGUGCCACCAACAAGCACAGUGUCAUCAACAACAGAACCACCAACAACUUUGCCACCAACUGAAACGCCGACAACUGUGCCACCAACCACCACAGUGUCACCAAUGAGAGAGCCGUCGACAACUGUGCCGCCAACCACCAAAGUGCCACCAACAACAUUGCUGCUGACAACUAUAUCACCAACCAGCACAGUGCCACCAACAGAACCGUCGAUAACUUUGACACCAACCAGUUCUGUGCUACCAACCAGCACAUUGCCACCAACAACAGAAUCAACCAUAAUAUUACUAACUUCUGUAAAACAAGAAACUACACAAAAUACUUUAUCAGAACUGCAGCAGAAAAAAACACAGUUACUUCAAGAAAUUGAAAGACUCGAGAACCAGAUUGCUGCCUCCAACGCCACUCUCACAGCUCUGCAGAACACCAAUGAAGCCCUGCAACGAGUCAUUGAAGCCAUCGAGGAAGCCACUGGCAAUUCCGGAAGGAAGCGCCGAUCGCUUACUUACUCUAUCGAUCAAGAUGGCGACACUGUCACGGUCGAUCCAUAUUGUGAGGUAAAUCAGGACAAUGCCGUGACUGGCAACCCAACAGAUCUGCUUCUUACAAUGAUCAAUGAUCUCUCCACCAAGCUGUCCAACCUCACAACCGACCAAAUCACUUGCUUCAAUCAACUCAUUGAUAAUUUCGCCACACUCAUAGAGAAUGGAACCUUCGUUAUCGAUUCGACUGUAUUAGAUAACAUCACGACCGCGGUAGAAGCAGCAAGCAGUGUCGUGGGAGACCAAGUCCAAUCAGUUCAACUGCUCGUCAGUAUUUUGCAAGAACAAAAACAAAAUAAAACGGAUGAGCUUGACCAAGUUGAGAGCCAAAUAGCAGCAACAACAGGUAGAAAACCAGUACACAGUUUUAUAGACGCGUACCAGCGUAUUUUCAAUAGACGUGCCACCACAACAGAACCACACCACUGUGCCACAACUACCACAGUGCCACAACAACAGACCACCGACACUGUGCCAACAACCACCACAACAGAACCACCGACAACUGUGCCACCAACCACCACAGUCCCACCAACAACAGAACCGCCGACAACUUUGCCACCAACAUCAGAACCACCGACAACUGUGCCACCAACCACCACAGUGCCACCAACAACAGAACCAACGACAACUGUGCCACCAACUACCACAGUGCCACCAACAACAGAACCACCGACAACUAUGCCACCAACCACCACAGUGCCACCAACAACAGAACCACCGACAACUGUGCCACCAACCACCACAGUGCCACCAACAACAGAACCACCGACAACUGUGACACCAACCACCACAGUGCCACCAACAACAGAACCACCGACAACUGUGCCACCAACCACCACAGUGCCACCAACAACAGAACCACCGACAACUGUGCCACCAACCACCACAGUGCCACCAACAACAGAACCACCGACAACUGUGCCACCAACCACCACAGUGCCACCAACAACAGAACCACCGACAACUGUGCCACCAACCACCACAGUGCCACCAACAACAGAACCACCGACAACUGUGCCACCAACCACCACAGUCCCACCAACAACAGAACCGCCGACAACUUUGCCACCAACAUCAGAACCACCGACAACUGUGCCACCAACCACCACAGUGCCACCAACAACAGAACCAACGACAACUGUGCCACCAACUACCACAGUGCCACCAACAACAGAACCACCGACAACUGUGCCACCAACCACCACAGUGCCAACAACUGUGCCACCAACUACCACAGUGCCACCAACAACAGAACCACCGACAACUGUGCCACCAACCACCACAGUGCCACCAACAACAGAACCACCGACAACUGUGCCACCAACAACCACAGUGCCACCAACAACAGAACCACCGACAACUGUGCCACCAACCACCACAGUGCCACCAACAACAGAACCACCGACAACUGUGCCACCAACCACCACAGUGCCACCAACAACAGAACCACCGACAACUGUGCCACCAACCACCACAGUCCCACCAACAACAGAACCACCGACAACUGUGCCACCAACCACCACAGUCCCACCAACAACAGAACCACCGACAACUGUGCCACCAACCACCACAGUCCCACCAACAACAGAACCACCGACAACUGUGCCACCAACCACCACAGUCCCACCACACAGUGCCACCAUCAGAACCAACGACAACUGUGCCCCCAACCAUCACAGUGCCAACAACAGAACCGCCGACAUCUUUGCCAUCAACAUCAGAACCACCGACAACUUGCCACCAACAAGCACAGUGUCAUCAACAACAGAACCACCAACAACUUUGCCACCAACUGAAACGCCGACAACUGUGCCACCAACCACCACAGUGUCACCAAUGAGAGAGCCGUCGACAACUGUGCCGCCAACCACCAAAGUGCCACCAACAACAUUACUGCUGACAACUAUAUCACCAACCAGCACAGUGCCACCAACAGAACCGUCGAUAACUGUGACACCAACCAGUUCUGUGCUACCAACCAGCACAUUGCCACCAACAACAGAAUCAACCAUAAUAUUACCAACUUCUGUAAAACAAGAAACUACACAAAAUACUUUAUCAGAACUGCAGCAGAAAAAAACACAGUUACUUCAAGAAAUUGAAAGACUCGAGAACCAGAUUGCUGCCUCCAACGCCACUCUCACAGCUCUGCAAAACACCAAUGAAGCCCUGCAACGAGUCAUUGAAGCCAUCGAGGAAGCCGCUGGCAAUUCCGGAAGGAAGCGCCGAUCGCUUACUUACUCUAUCGAUCAAGAUGGCGACACUGUCACGGUCGAUCCAUAUUGUGAGGUAAAUCAGGACAAUGCCGUGACUGGCAACCCAACAGAUCUGCUUCUUACAAUGAUCAAUGAUCUCUCCACCAAGCUGUCCAACCUCACAACCGACCAAAUCACUUGCUUCAAUCAACUCAUUGAUAAUUUCGCCACACUCAUAGAGAAUGGAACCUUCGUUAUCGAUUCGACUGUAUUAGAUAACAUCACGACCGCGGUAGAAGCAGCAAGCAGUGUCGUGGGAGACCAAGUCCAAUCAGUUCAACUGCUCGUCAAUAUUUUGCAAGAACAAAAACAAAAUAAAACGGAUGAGCUUGACCAAGUGGAGAGCCAAAUAGCAGCAACAACAGGUAGAAAACCAGUACACACAGUUUUGUCGACGUGUAUCAGCGUAUUUUCAUUAGAUGAUACACAACCACCGACAACUGUGCCACCAUCCAGCACAGCUCCACCAACAACAGAAUCACCAUCAAUUGUGCCACAAACCAGCACAUGCCAUCAGCAACAGAACCACCGAAAACUGUGCUACCAACCACCACAGUGCCAUCAGCAACAGAACCACCGAAAACUUGCCACCAACCUCAGAACUACCGACAACUGUGCCACCAACCACCACAGUGCCACAAACAGCAGAACCACCUACAACUUUGCCACCAACCACCACAGUGCCACAAACAGCAGAACCACCUACAACUUGCCACAAACAGCAGAACCACCUACAACUGUGCCACCAACCACCACAGUGCCACAAACAGCAGAACCACCUACAACUGUGCCACCAACCACCACAGUGCCACAAACAGCAGAACCACCUACAACUUUGCCACCAACCACCACAAACCACUGUCAACUGUGCUACCAACCAGCACAGUGCCACUAA